GCGACGGCAGCGAAUUUAAAAUAAGUACAGGUUCCGGCUAUUGUAAUUGCGAUUGAAAGCAGAAAUGAUAUUGUUCGUUAACUCUAAUUUUUUCGUAUAAAAUGCAACCAACUAAUUCGGCUUCAGAUGAAAAACCAAGCUUGUUUGCUAGUUUUAUUAGUCGAAUACAUGAAGACUGGUUAACUGAAAAAAGAUGCAAACUGGAAAUCAAGUCAAAGGACAUUUUCUCAGAUGACUUUGAUACUACAUUUUCAAAUGAGAUUCGGGCUCUAAUGUAUGCCUAUGGUGAUGUGAGAGAUCCAAACUGGAUUUCGGUUCUGACAAUGACAAAACAUUUGCGGAAUUAUAUCAAUACUCUUCUUAUUGAUGCGAAUAAGAUAGCAAAUAUGCGGGGUGACAAGCUUCUAGAGCACCAAAGCAUACUUUUUCUGUUCCGAAAAAAUAAGGAAAAGUUACAAAGACUUUUAACUUACAUGAAAAUUAAAGAUUAUAAAAGCACUUUGGUGAAAAAAUCCUUUGAAUAUAACCCAGAAAUCUCAGAAGAAGGUCCCCGGGUUAAAGAUUGUGCACAGUUUUUGGGGGAGAUUUUACCUCCCGAAGAAGUAAAUGAAAUCCGGGAUCAGAAAGUGAUUAAUCUAGGCAGCCAGAGAAGACUCCAGAGAAAUGAUUAUAGGACACAGAAUAUGUCAAAUGAAGAGUACAUGGAAUUUGUAGAAAGACAGCAAUGCUCUUUUUUGAAAAAUGGACUUGCCUCUUUUGGAAAUUGGCUCAUGCAAGACUAUGUGACAUCGUUGGAACCAACAACACUAAGCCUUGAAAUCAUGAAUUUUUUAGUGAGGGACUAUAUUGCAGAGGUCAUAGAUGAAGUGUUGCUACAAAGAGAUGGAAAACGAGGUCCAUUGUAUUUUUCCUCCUCAUCACCGAGACAUUUCCAGUCGAAGUCUCCAUCACCAAGUCAAGCAUCACCUAGCAGCAGAUUGUCAAGUUUGACAGAGAGGCCUAUCAGCAAACCAUCAGAUAGUCGUCGAAGUCGUAUUUCUGCUAUUGUUAAUAUAUAUAAUGACAGUCCUCAGGCAUUGCUUCGCUCAAAUGAAGAUGAUGCUACUAUUCUUCCAGAGGAAAUUGACUCUGCUGUAGAUGAACUUAAGGCCAUUUAUAGCCCAUUUACCCUCAAAGAGAGGUUUAGAACCGCCCGGAAAGAGACAGCAGAAACAAAUCUGGAGCCUUCAGAUGAAACAACAGACAGGACACUAACUACAUCAAAUAUUACUCUUCAAGGGCAUGAAUAUCAGGCACUAACAGGAGGGAGUUGUAAGCCAGAGUUUCUCUCUACUAGCAAAACAAAAUCAAAAAAAGUAAGAUUUAGUACUAAUUCACCCAAGUCAUCUACAUCUUCUGACAGAAUAGUGGAUUCUGAUUCUUCUACAUCAAAAACUAUUUCCAAAACAAUUUUAAAAAGAAAGGAAUAUAAUACUACUGCACGUAAGUCAUUUACAUCUUCUCCCAGAACAGGGGAUUUUGAUUCUUCUACAUAUGGUCGCCCACGACGAAAAACUGCUCGACCAGAGAGAUACGUUAAUUUUGAUUUAACAUAAACAGGUUGAUGCUGGAGGAGAUGUGACUUCUUAAUAUUUCCAAGAAAAUUUUAAAACUACUCUGAGCAGCUGUACAUAAAAAUCAAACCAUUUUAGAGAAGUGUAAAUAAAAGUUGAGUUUUUACCAUUAAA